UUCAACCAAACGAUCUUCUAUUUCUACGUGUACGGAUGAGCUGAGCCAGGAUAGCGAGCAACCAAACACGCUUAGCCAGAGCUCAGUGCUCAGCCGCAUCUCCUAUCCAUGGCCACCUCGAGACCCAAACACGUCGUGCUCUUUCCCUUCCCAGCCCAGGGCCACUUCGCCAGCUUCCUCGCCAUCGCCCGCCUCCUCGCCCGUGAGCUCCCCGACGCCGCCAUCACGCUCGUCUCCACUCCACGCAACGUCGCCGCCCUGCGCUCCUCCUCCUCGUCGGCCGUGCCGCCGCAGGCCCCCUCCUCCAUCGGCUUCCACGCUCUGCCGUUCGUCCCGGCCGACCACGGCCUGCCCGUCGGCUGCGAGUCAACCAGCUCCCUCCCGGUGCCGUCGUUCGUCACGCUCUUCGAGGCCCUCGAGUCCCUGCAGCCCGCCUUCGACGACUACGUCUCGGGCCUCCGCCGCCGACAGAGCGGCGGCGACGACGACGAGGCGGCGCCGGCGGACAUCUGCAUCGUCGCCGACGUGUUCGUCGCGUGGACGGUGGACGUCGCGCGGCGGCACGGGUGCGCGCACGCCGUCUUCGUCUCCUGCGGCGCGUUCGGGACGGCCAUCCUCCACGCCCUGUGGAACCACAUGCCGGCGCUUCCCUUCGCCUCCGACGGCUCGCUCCUCCGCCUGCCAGAGUACCCGGACGUGGUGCUCCACCGUUCGCAGCUGUCGCCCAUCUUCCUCCUCCACGGCGACAUGAGCGACCGGUGGACGGCGUUCUACCGGCGGGCCAUACGGCACGGGCAUCGCACGGACGCCGUGCUCGCCAACACCGUAGAGGAGUUCGAGAGCACGGGGCUGGCCAUGAUGCGCCGUGCUGCCGGCAACGGCAAGGUUCCCGUCUGGCCCAUCGGCCCUCUCGUCCUCUCCUGCUCCGGCAACGACGACGACGACGGCUCGAGCACAGACGACGAGACCGGCGGCGGCGUUCUACGGUGGCUGGACAGGCAUCCUCCGUCGUCCGUCCUGUACAUUUCUUUCGGGUCACAGAACAGCAUACAAGCCAAGCAGAUGACGGAGCUCGCCGCGGCGCUGGAGACCACGGGCCGGCCGUUCGUCUGGGCGAUCCGUCCGCCCGUGGGUUUCGACGUCGUCGCCGGCGCGUUCCGCGACGAGUGGCUUCCCGAGGGGUUCGAGGCGCGGGCGCGCGCCGGCGGCAGAGGCCUCGUCGUCCGCGGGUGGGCGCCGCAGGUGCGGAUCCUGGCGCACGCCGCCACGGGCGCGUUCCUGAGCCACUGCGGGUGGAACUCGGUGCUGGAGAGCCUGACGCACGGCGUGCCCAUCCUCGGGUGGCCGCUGUCGGCGGAGCAGUUCUACAACGCGCGGAUGCUGGCGGAGGAGUGGGGCGUGUGCGCGGAGGUGGCGCGCGGGAACCUGGAGAGCUCGGCCGUGGACAGGUCCAAGGUGGCCGAGGCCGUGGAGACGGUGAUGGGGGACGCCGUGGCGGCGGCGGCGGCCAUGCGGCGGCGGGUCAAGGAGGUCCAGGAGGUGUUGAAGAGCGCCUGGCGGCAGGAUGGCGGGUCGUCGACGGCGGCGCUGCACGAGUUCUUGAGAGCCAUGAACCUGCAAUGAAACAGAAACAGGGCGAUGCCAUCGCCAUCAUCAACAGGCAAGGCCGGGCGUGGGGGGUGGCAAGGCGGCAGGGCGACGGUGACACGCGGCGGUUUGGCUCUGACGCCGGUCAGGGGGCCGAGCACGGCGUCGACAUCGACCGAGUUCAGACCUCGGGUCCGAGCUAGUUCCGACUUUCUAUUUUCUCAAGAUUUUUAGUAGAAGGCUAGAAGCUUCGUGGUCGGUUUUAAUAAAAGUUCAGGUUAAGCUAUAGGACUUCAGUAAUCGUAGUGUUAAAGGCUUAAGGCACGUUGGUGACUAAUCUUAUGGUUGGAGAGAUUUAGGGGCUCAAAGGCAAGGGCGUUCCAUUGGGGGUCCAGGGGUCCUAAUUUUUCAACUUUGCCCGAGUUUGAACUCAUA